AGGUUGCGCGAAGGCUGCAGUUUCAGUUUGUUUUAUUCACCAUUUUGAGUAGCUGAAGGUAAAAUUUAAACUAAAUACUUUCGUAGAGCAGGGAUAUUUCCCGCAUUGUUUGAUUUUUACCACAGGGAGAGGGCGUUGGUUUUGCGACGUCACCCUCGUGUGUUUUAAAAUACCACAUUUUGUUUGCAUUUCCCCUGCUUUUCUUGUGCUCUUUCACAAUUUUAACCUCUACAGUAUUCCUGCAAAAUGGCAAGACCAGUGAGGAACAGAAAGGUGGUGAAUUACUCCCAGUUUAACGAAUCUGAUGACGCAGAUGAGGACUAUGGGAGAGAAAAGGAAACAACUAAGAAGAUACGUGCUCCACCUCGUGAAAUCAAGCACAAGAAAUCUAAGAAUUCGCAGGAAGAGAGCGAGGAUUCCGAUGACAAACUCUCCAAACCCAAAAAUGAUUCUGCAGAUGACUUGGGUAGUGACGAAGACAACGACUUUGGAGAGGAAGAGGAAGAUGGAGGAAGUGACUAUGAUGAUAAAAAGGCCAAGAAGGGAAAGAAAGGAAAGGCGGAGAAGCCAGGCAAAAAGUCACUGAAGAGGAAACGAGGUGGAGAUGAUAGUGAUGAUGAUAAAGAGGUGAGCAGGAAACCGAGGCAGGUGAGGCAGGCUGCGUCAAAGGCCGUGUCCAAACAGAGAGAAAUCCUUCUGGGAGACGGAGGCAGUGAGGAUGAGGACAAAGAUGAGGAAGAACAAGCAUUCCUGGACCAAGAGUCAGGCAGUGAUGAGGAUUUCAUGGUUGAUGAUGAUGAUGACAGCGACUAUGGGCACUCCAAAAAGAAAGGCAAAAAAGUGGUGCAAAGAGGAGGAAGGAGAGUGGAGAAGAAGGACAAGAAAUCCCCUAAACCCCGGCUAAAGGCCACAGUGAACCCUAGCCCCAUGAAAGGCAAAGGGAAAGGUCGCCCGAGUGCAGCUAAAGCAGUGGAGAAAUCCUCGCCCAAAGACGACGAGGAACCCGAGAGCCCCCUUGAAGACGAGGAGGAAGAAGAGGUGGAGAAGAAAGAGUCUCCUCCAUCCAAAAAGACAAAGGAUGAUGCCCCUGAAGACGAGGAAGAAGACGAGGAAGAGGACGGCUCAGAAGAGGAGGCUCCAUCUGGGGAAGACUAGCCAUAUCAUCUCGUAUAAUGGCUGCAGUACGAAUGCUUUUAUCUCUUUUUGCAGUGUGAGUGUGCUGAGAUCAGGCCUUAAAUGGUUAAUUGCAUGGAAAGCAGGAAUCUGAAGUCUCGCGUACUGUUUCUGCCUUACAAAGCCUGUUUUUUGAGAUAUUGUACCGCAAAGCUACAUGUUCAGAAACCGCUAGUAUCUUUGACUCGUGCCCGUUUUUGUCCAGAGAUUGUAUUGCCGAAUGUUGAGGGAUCUCUUCAAUUGAGCAAAUAACAUUUUAAAGAGUCCAAUAUUGUUAUUCUUCAGCCCUGGAUCAGAUGCGUUUGUAAUCUCAUAACAGAGAGGCAUUGUGAGGAUGGAGAAGAAUUGUACUAUUCAUACCUUAUGUGUGUUUGCUCAUUAAAUAUAUAUUUCUGUUGCUGCUUGUUUUUAAUUUCAGACACAUAUGACGUAUAUACCAUGAUGCUUUUCUGUCUACAGCGCAUACAUGGCAUUCUGACUAGGUUCGAUCCUUUCUGCCAGGCAUCUCUGAAUAUUUCCACUCGUGCUGUCUAUAAAUUGGUUUUUAACCUAGCUGUCCAAAAAUGUAUGAAUGUUUAAUUUUGUUUUUUGUGCUUGAUUAAAUUUAGUUUCUUUUUUUUCCUCUUCAGAUUUUUUUUGUAUUGUUUGUUUUUUUUAAGAAAAGAAAUAAAAUGUAUCUUCAUUUUAAUGAGA